UUCAGUCUCUAGCCAAAAGCAGUAAGUGAAGGAAGAAAAUUCCCAAAACCAAAAGAAAGCUUUGAUUUCAUUAAACAAAAUUCAUCAAUCUCCAUUAGCCAGGAUCUGCGAUUUAACGAAGAUGAAGGUCUAUGUUGGUGUUCCUCUUCUCGCUCUAUUGAUUUACAUUAUUUGCAUUGAAUUAGGUUCACAGUAUAAUAUAGGCCUUGUUAGAGAAGACUAUAUGGAUCUUCCAUAUGACCUAGGCCUCUGGUACAGUGUAAAGAAUAAUGGAACAGUAUAUAUAGAUAAGUUGGACAAUCCAAAUACUUAUGGACUACUAGCCGAAGAUACAAUGAUUUGCGUAUUAGAACGAGAUGGGAAAGCAAAAAUUGAACGUGCAUUAAUGGCAGGCAACGAACAAGUUAUAGCGGACGGUAGCAGUUAUACCCCUUGGGAUGAUGGUUACACAAUCUUGUACGAGCUCACAUUCGACGUAAAACUUAACUACAAUACAGAAGUCCUCGAAGAAGGCAAUAAGGCUCUUCCACAUGAUCUGGGCAUCUGGUACCGUACAAAGAAAGGAAGGGCAGAUAUAAAAAAUGGGGCAUAUCCAUCAACUAAUGGGCUACUACACAAUGAUACAAUGGUUUGUGCAUUAGAAACAGAUGAUGACAAAAAAAUAGUGCGUGCAUUAUUCGUAAAAGACAAACAAGUCAAGGUGAGCACUAAAUCUUAUACCUUCUGGACUACCAACGACACAGCUUUAUACGAACUCAAUUUUAACCAUAAUCUUCACUAAAAGAAUGAUCGACAUUUCCAACUACACACCUUCUUUAUGUCGAUACCCACCCUCGCUCAAGGAGAAACCAAUAUUUCCUUUUUUCCGACUGUGAUAUAAUUAAAUAAAAAUUAAUAAAAAGUUUUUAGUAUUAUUUUAUAGUGGGAAAAAAGGAUAUUAUGGUGUAUUUCUUACGUGGAAUUAUUUAUGAAUCAUUACACGGAUCAGUGUUUGCUCGCAAAGAAUUUUGGCACAGCAUCAGCGCCACCAACUUCUACAGCAGCUGGGCGUAGCCUUGGGAUAGUUGCUGUACCGCUUUUGGCACAUUUGACGCUCAAAACUAGUUUUCCCAAUUAGACCCUGAUGUAUUGAUGCGCAUAAGCGAAUAAUAGUUUUGUAUUGGCUCUGCUUGACGCAUGCGCAGUAGUGCACCGGACCGUCUUUGGGAGCACUUAGCUAAAUGGAGAAGCAUGUAUUCGCCAAACGAAUGAAUAACAUUCCUCCCAACGAUUAGCACAACUGGUGUGCUAGUAGGUACAUGUGUCGGCUGUCCAUAAAUUAUUUCCCUGGGCCGAAAUUUUUAGUUAUUAAUUUAUAAAAAUAUCAUACAAACAUUAAAACUUCUUUUAUUUUAAACGACUUUUCUGUUCUUAAGUCAAACAUGUUGUAAACUUUGGUGUGUAAUGCGAGAUGAAUUUCGAAAGUAAGUUUUCACUCUACUAAACUAAUUUAAAAUUAUGGAACACAAAGUACAUUAAGAAAUAAAAAUCAAUUGAUUAAAGCUCAUUUCUGAAUGAAUUUAAAAAGGUGGAAAUUUUCUUUAAAAGUUCAUUGCACACUACGCACGAAAUUACAUAAAUAAUUAAGAGUUAUUGUAAUUUAUGUUCAUUCUACUGUUCCUGUUGGUCCUAAAUCAAACAUAUAUUGUUUUUUUUUUUAAAUAAAGAAUUUUCUGAUCUAACAAAUUUAAUUGUAAUAUAAACAGAUUUUUACUUUGAAUCAUGUAAACAUUACUUUUUUUAUUUAGAUUAGAUGUAACUUUUCUUCGUCUGUAUAAUUGCAAGUAGUAAUAAUUUUGUUGUGAAUUAGUUUCAAAAUUUUAAUUUGACUUCGCCUGAAAAAUAUUAUUCUUCAAGGAAAAAAUGUAUUUGUGGAUUAAAUAAAUAAACGGAAUGAA